AUGUUUUUCUCAACUAUUCUCCCCCUCCUCUCGCUUACCACCGUCGCCUUCUCGAACCCAACAAUCCACAACAAUCUGAGCCUAAGGGACUGCCCCUAUGGCGCCUUCCCUCCCUCCUCGAGCAAUGGCGAACUUAUACCAACCAGCACGCCAUCACCCGUAUACCGAAAUUUGGGUCAUGCGAUAGUGCACAAUAACUGCAAUUUCCCCAUCUACAUCUGGUCCGUGGCCUCUAUGGUCGAGCCCAAACGAAUCAUUCUACCAAACGACGAGUACAGGGAGCUCUUCCGUGAAAAUGCAGACACUGGUGGCAUCGCAAUUAAGAUCACCACCAACCGUGAUGGGUUGUAUACCAGUGCUCCCCAGAUGAUAUUUGCGUAUAACCUUGCCUCUGCAACAGAGCGGGGCCAGAGACAGGAUAAAGUGUGGUAUGAUCUCUCCGAUGUCUUUGGGGACCCGUUUGUGGGUUACCCGGUGAAUCUUAUGCCUGCUGAGCCGUCGAUCUGUUGGAAGGAUGGGGUUCCACCUGCAGGAAGUCAGGUGAGAGCUGUUGAUUCUUCGACAGAUUUGGUCUUGUCGCUUUGUUGA